AUGGGUACAGCCGAGGCGCCUCGCUUCCUGCCCUUCGCCUUCCCCGACGGGGCGGCCGGUGAGCUGGCGGCGGAGCAUGGAGGGGGGAGCCUCUCGUGCCCCAGAACAGAACGAGGCGGCUGGGCUGGCGGGCCCAGGAAGAGGAAACGGACCACGUUCAGCCGGGGCCAGCUGAGCCAGCUGGAGCGUGUCUUCGCCGCCCUGCCCUACCCGGACAUCGGCACCCGGGAGCGCCUGGCCGAGCUCACGCAGCUGCCCGAAGCCAAGAUCCAGGUCUGGUUCCAGAACCGGCGUGCCCGGAGGAUCAAGACCAGCCCGGCUGCGGAGCCGCCCGCCUGCCCUCGAGCCACCCUGGCCGGCAGUAAGCAGCCCCGUCUGGGCGUCUCCCCCCAGCACUGCAAGCAGCAAGCCCGGGUCUCUCCGCUAGCCGGCGGCUCCUCGGGCUUCCUCGGCGGGGAGGACGCACUGAGUCCGGCCCCUCGAUGGCCCGUCCAGGAGGAGGAGGAGGAGGAGGAAGGCGCGGCCGUCUGGACAGCGCUGUCGAGCUGCUGGGAUGCCUUCCCAGGGCCGCCAACCUCCCUGGGCUCCAUCUCCGACCUCAUCUACAGUGCCGCGCUCGUGGCCAACCUGGGGGAGCUGUAGGGUCGCUCGCCCCGUCCAGGAAGGGGCCAGCUGGGGCCAGUACUGCAGCAGAGCAGGGAGGCAGAAACUCUGGCG